AUGACGUAGACAGCACCGCGGAGGGGGAGGCUGAAAUGUCCGCGACCCCGGAGCAUGACGACGUCCCUACGCGGACAUCUGGCGCAGUCCCCGCGCAGACAAAGCGUCGCGACCGGUAUUUAACGUUUGGGCCGCAGGAGGGUCUGACCGCCAGCGCCAAUUGCAGUGUGGGAAAGACGGAACAUUAUGAUGUCAGACCCUGUGUGAGCCAUACCGUACAGGACAUACAUAUUACCUAUGACGACCCAGUGCAUCACGUGACCAGCAGCAAGGAAACGGUUGGUUUCAUCAGCGGGUGCAGGACAGAGGAAUAUGCAGCUUUGCUAGCAAGGAACAGGGAUCUGGAAGCCCUCCAGCAGGAGGCUGUAGAAUGCAGGAAGAGGAAGCCUACUGUCAGGCAGCAGGCGGAGGAAGAGGCGUUCAGACGCUACAUGAAGAUCGUCUGCAAUGAGCCACUUUGCCCAGAGACAGUCCCUCCAGGAUGGGUCACUGGCAGCCCACCCCUGACCCCACCGAACACAAGAAAGAACAAGAAAGUGAAGGAUGGAAAUGCAAAGAAGAACAGCAGGAUCCCUGGACUUAGGCCUCCACUUGGUCGUGCCCACAUGUGGCAAAGCCAAGGGUUCCCUAAUGAGCUGGGGGCUGAAUCUGAGAGUCAAACAAGUAUGAAGGUGUGGGAACUCACAAAACUUCAAAAUACUCAGUCUCUGAGGGUCAGUGACAGCAGUGAGAUCCUGGUCUACAAAGAGGUGAAGAAGAUGAACAUGGGCUUACCAGCAGGACUGAGAAAAAUCCCUCUAAGAGCAGCCACACCUACCUCAACCUUGGUGGAGACCUCCACUGUCUCCUCUGUGAGUGGGGUGGAGGAGCAAUGGAUGGUCAACAGUCAGGACACCUCCCUUUCUCCCCAGCACCCCAAGCUUACCGCAGUCCCACUUUCCAGGAAAGAAACACCUCCAGGAACGCCCCACAAGAAGCCCACAACUCCCCAGUCCUGCAUUCCUUCCCCCAAGCUCCCAGAAUUCAUCAAACAAUUUGUGGACCAUGACUGGUGUAAAGAACUGUUCCCAGAGCUUAAAACUCGGCACACCCUCAGGCCCAAAGACUUUGCCCAGCUACUGCUGAAGCACAUGGAGUGUGUUGAGGCAGAGACCAAGAUGCAGAUGCUAAAAGCGCUGUGGGGGCUACACCAGCAGGGUGCACUAGAGAUCAGUGAGGAGAUCUGCACCGGCCUCAUUGACGUGUUGAAGUCGUCUACCUCGUCAGCAACAGCUAGUGAGAAGCAUUUUCUCACCCAAUUAUUGAGCACACUAGUAUCCCUGGAUUCUGCCAGUCAGAAGCUGGUGGUGGAGCUGCUGGCCUUUCUGGUCCAUGGAGAGCUACAGGACACUGCCCAGUAUUUGCUGGAAGCGAUGGGUGUGAAAGAAGUAGACCUCUGGCUGCGCCCUGAGGUAGAGUUCUGGGACACUGGAUUGGCUGGGAAUCUGGAGCCCCAAGAGGUGCUGAGGAAGAAAGCCGCUGAUUGGUUGGAACUCUGGACCUAUCAGUACAAGGUCAGAAACAGAACCUCGUUCCCCCAGAACCUGAGAGUGAAGGACCUGUUCACCCCUGUCGAUGUGCUCAACUAUUUCUGCUCUCAGAGAAGGGGAAGGCAGAAGCCCCAGCCAUCAUCCUGUCCGCCUGUCCAAACAGAGACCAAACUUCUCUCAUCCCCAAAUUACAGGUUGCAGCCGGUUUACUGCCUAGGGGAAAGGCUUACCUCAGAACAGAAGCCUCACACUAAGGGUGUGAUCCUGCCCCCGCUGCUGAGCCGCCACCCCCCCACCAGCUUCCCUCCCUUCAUCUCCCUGCCCCUGCCCCACGUCAGCACAGGCCACUUCCCCUUUGCCUUCUCCUACUCCGAAGACUGGCGACCCCUAGUGGGGACACGGCAGCACUACUUCUUCCUGGAGCGCUCUUUUGUGGACAAUUACAGAUGACUGUGCUCAGGGGUAUGGGAGACACCCCCCACUCGGACCGUCGGGUGCUCCGCUAAACAGCAGCGAAACUAAAGAAUCCAUAUCUGGGUUAAACCUGCUGCCACCAGCAUUCUGUUUUAUUUACCAAAAAUCUGUGUAGCACAAAAUGGUGGUAAGUGUUUUUUUAAUUGCAGUUGUCUGUGUUAGAGAAUAUGCACACUGCUAUAUGGUCAUAUAUACACUACCAGUCAAAAGUUUUCGCAUGCACAUUUCGCAUGUACAUUUACUAAAAAUACACAAAUAUCUUUGAUUUUUUUAUUGACCCCAUGGGAAAAUUCUCUUUACACCUCCCCCAUCUUGCUCUCUGUAGGUGAGAGCAAGCUAGCCACGAAGGGCA